AUGGCCAGUCCGGACACCUACGUGCGACAGCCCUGGCGCAUGGUGCAUGGCAUCCCCAUGGUCUGUGCCUUCACCUAUGACUGGGAGCGAGUCGACAACUUCCAGAGCUUCCCUGAGGACAUCGUGGUGGUCACUUUCCCCAAAUCCGGCACCACCUGGGUCUGCGAGAUCAUAGACAUGAUCCUGCAAGGUGGCGACCCUGAGAAGUGCAAGCGAGACAUCAUCAGCAAGAGGGUGCCCAUGCUGGAGUUCGCUGCCCCUGGGGAGAUGAUGGCAGGGACGGACCUGCUGGCCACCAUGCCCUCACCCCGCGUGGUGAAGACCCACCUGCCUGCACAUAUCCUGCCCAAAUCCUUCUGGGAAAACCGCUGCAAGAUCAUCUAUGUGGGGCGCAAUGCCAAGGAUGUGGCUGUCUCCUUCUACCACUUUGACCUGAUGAACAAGUUAGAGCCGCACCCUGGGACGUGGGCCCAGUACCUGGAGGAGUUCAUGGCCGGCAGAGUGGCAUAUGGCUCUUGGUAUGAC